AUGGUGUCCUGUCCUAUUUGUGAAAAAUCCGUACCACAGCUCAAAAUCAAUGACCACAUCGACUCUGGUUGCCAGAGCUUCGUCGAAGAGCCGUCCUCUUCUCCGGGCGACCAACCGUCAUCGCAGAAAGGACCGAUUGCCAGCAUCUUCCAACCGCCAUCUGCAAGAAAAGUUCAAGGCCAAACCAGUCUUUCCAAAGAAUCACCUUCACGUUCAAUUAACGCAACCUCGCGGCCGCUCAACGGCAAGAGAUCCUUCGUACAUGAUACGCUGCCGUCCCGUGAACACGAUGGAGUGACACAACCGAAUGGGGAGGCGGCGGAACCGCAGCCCAAGCGGCCAAAGGCGAACGCAUUGCAAAAGGCUGCCCCGCUUGCAGAGCGUAUGCGUCCAAAGACACUGGAUGAAGUGUGUGGCCAGGAGCUGGUCGGCGAGACUGGCGUUCUUCGAGGCCUCAUUGAGCAAGACCGGGUCCCGAGCAUGAUUUUGUGGGGAGGUGCUGGAACAGGAAAGACUACUAUUGCACGAGUGAUAUCGUCAAUGGUUGGCAGCCGCUUUGUGGAGAUCAACAGUACCAGCUCAGGGGUCGCAGAGUGCAAGAAGAUAUUCUCUGAAGCCCGCAGUGAACUUGGUCUCACCGGGAGAAAAACGAUCAUUUUCUGUGACGAGAUCCAUAGAUUCUCUAAAUCGCAACAGGAUGUGUUUCUAGGACCGGUGGAGAGUGGACAGGUUACUCUUAUUGGUGCAACUACAGAGAAUCCGUCAUUCAAGGUCCAGAAUGCUCUGCUUUCUCGGUGUCGGACAUUUACCUUGGCGAAGCUUACAGACGAAGACAUCAUAUCAAUCCUACAACGAGCACUCCGAGUUGAAGGCCCAAAUUAUUCUCCGUCUGAAUUAGUCGAUGAUGAAUUGAUUCAAUAUCUGGCUCGAUUCGCUGACGGCGAUGCCCGAACCUCACUGAACCUCCUUGAACUAGCUAUGGACCUAUCCAAACGACGGGGCAUUACAAGAGAAGACAUCAAGCAGGCCCUGACGAAAACCCUAGUCUAUGACCGUGCCGGCGACCAACACUAUGACACGAUAUCAGCAUUCCACAAGUCGAUCAGGGGCAGUGACCCGGAUGCCGCCCUUUACUAUCUUUCUCGUAUGAUCCAAUCUGGCGAAGACCCUCUAUACAUUGCUCGGCGAUUGAUCGUCGUCGCCUCCGAGGAUAUUGGCCUGGCGGAUAACACCAUGUUAACACUUGCAAUCUCCACUCACUCCGCCGUGGAAAAGGUCGGUCUGCCAGAGGCACGGAUCAACCUAGCACAUGCAACGGUGGCAAUGGCUCUAUCGAAGAAGAGCACACGGGCCUACCGGGGGUUAAAUAAUGCCUUUGCCGCGUUGAAUGAACCAGGUGUCGCGGGGUUACCAAUUCCAAUUCAUCUGCGGAAUGCUCCAACGAAGUUGAUGAAAGAGCUCGGGUAUGGCAAGGAGUACAAGUACAAUCCGAACUAUCUCCAUGGUCAAGUGCAACAAGACUAUCUGCCUGAGACGCUUAUGGGACGCACGUUUCUGGAGGAUUUGGACUUGGGAACACAGCGAGAUCCUGAUUGGUUCAGUGCAAAAUGA